CUCUCUCUCUCUCUAUCUAUCUAUCUAUCUAUCUCUCUGUGUUUUCAUUUUUGGGUUCAGAAGCUUCAAUUUGAUAUCUAUCUUCAAGAUUUUUCUUUUUAACAAUGAACCAUCCAAUUAUAUGCCAUGCUUACAAGGAAUUGAAAUCAGGAGGAAUUUUCUAUGGCGAUAGUCCUUUCCAUUUCGCCACUGCAAUCCUUUUCUUUCAGGUUUCUUUAGCCGCAAGUCUCACCGCCUUUCUACGAUAUAUCCUCUCCCCGCUCGGCGAGAGCACUUUCGUUUCCCAAAUGCUGGCUGGUAUUGCAUUAGGGCCAUCAUUUGUUGGAAAAGAUUCAACGUUCACAAGGACGGUUUUCCCUCCAAGUAGCUUCUACAUCAACCAGACAUUUUCCUUCUUCGGUUGUAUGCUAUUUAUGUUCCUUGUAGGAGUUAAAAUGGAUGUGAGUUUGGUAACAAAUUCAGGAAAAAAAUCCCUUGCCAUUGCACUCUUUUCCAUAUGUGUUCCAUUAAUAAUGAGCACCGGUUUAGCCCUCAUUCUUCAGCGUAAUGUCACAAUGGAACCUAAUUUGCACAAAUCUUUGUUUACCGUAGCAGUCUUUCAGUCCUGCAAUUCAUUCUACGUCGUCGCAUGUCUUUUAGCCGAUUUGAAGCUUCUCAAUUCAGAGCUCGGACGCUUAGCUCUUUCUUCAUCGUUGAUAAGUGGUUCAAUAUCAUGGAUUGGACUCAUUCUUUUCUUUACCAUAAGACAAAGCAUAGUGGGUAAAGAAAAUUCUCUUCUAUGGAUGGCUUUGUGUCUCUUCUGCUUGGUGUUUUUGAUAGUUUUUAUUUUGAGACCCAUUAUGGUUUGGAUGAUUUCGAAGACUGCUAGCGAGAAAGCAAUCAAGGAGGUUUACAUAUUCUCCGUAUUUGUGAUGAUUUUGAUUUGUGCGCUGUUUGGUGAAUAUAUAGGACAGCAUUUCAUGCUAGGGCCUAUGGUUUUGGGCCUGGCUGUUCCUGAUGGGCCUCCAUUGGGCUCGGCUUUGGUGGAUAAGUUAGAUACGUUUGUCUCUUCGGUUCUUUUGCCCACUUACUUUGUGUUUAGUGGGUCCGGUAUAAAUCUGUUUCUGAUACAGAUGAAGACUUUGGGAAUUAUGGAGCUGAUGGCUUUUGUUUGCUUCGUUGGGAAAGUUUUGGGAAUAAUGAUUCCUUCACUGUAUUGCAAAAUGCCACUUGUUGACGCUCUGUGUUUGGGCCUCAUGAUGAGUACACAAGGCAUCACUGAUAUUCUAAUGUGGCAACAUGGAAGUCUCCUCUUUCUGAUCGACCAACAAUCAUACAGUAUCAUGGUGAUGUCAACUGUGGUAUUAACAGGGACCAUCACUCCCUUAGUGAAAAUACUCUACAAUCCAUCAAAAAGAUACAAGUCCAAAAGAAGAAGAAACAUAGAGCACGCACUUCCCAAUGCCGAACUCCGUCUCCUCACAUGCAUCUACAAUCAAUACAACACUCCUUCCAUCAUCAACCUCCUCAACCUCUCUAACCCAUCUCUGAAAAGCCCUAUCUGCUUCUAUUUCAUCCAUCUCAUCGAGCUCUCUGGCCGGUCCACUCCUCUCCUCAUAUCCCACAAACCGGGAAGAAAAUUCUCUGUCCGAUCCAACAUCAGCGACCACAUAAUCAACGCCUUUCAAUUCUUCGAGCAGAACAACGACGGUAAGGUCAUAAUGAAUGCUUACACCGCCAUCGCCCCCUGUGCUUCCAUGCACGACGAUAUAUGCACUCUUGCUCUGGAGAAAAGAACUUCUAUGGUGAUCAUCCCUUUCCACAAGCAAUGGACAACCAGCACAAAUGACAUUCAGGAGUUAUCGGGCCCCAUGAUCAGGUCCGUAAACCUUAACGUGCUCGAGAAGUCACCGUGCUCCGUCGGGAUCCUCGUCGACCGUGGAACUUUAAGUGGCACAGUUUCUGAAUACGGAGAAGCUUUCUACGAUAUAGGAAUGAUUUUCAUUCAAGGUCCGGACGACCGCGAAGCUUUAGCAUACGCAAUGCGCAUGGCGGAGAACCCUAACGUGAGCCUUACGGUAGUUAGGUUGCUGGAUGUCAGCAAAGCUCGAAGGAGUACCAUUGAUCAUGAGCUCGAUAACAACAUGAUGAACAAAUAUAAGAUGUUCGCAGAGGGGAAAAAACGCCAUGCUUAUUUACAAGAAGACGUGGAGAACAGCGUGGAGAUGAUAAACGUGAUUAGGUCGUUGGAUAUUUGUUACGACCUAAUUUUGGUUGGGAGGAGACAUGAUAAUGAAUCGAGGUUGUUCAUGGGGACGGAGUGGAAUGUUGAGAACCCGGAGUUGGGGUUCAUCGGAGACAUGCUGAUAUCAUCGGAUACUAACUGCGACGUGUCCGUGUUAGUGGUGCAACAACAGUCUUUUGGAAGCCAUGACCGCAUGCCUGAAAGCUCUAUGUACGUUGUGAUGGAACAAGUUUGUACCGUGGAUAUCCCACGUGAGUUGGGUAAAGUUUGGCCUUCUUAAUUUUCUUUCUUACUGAACCAACCGUGCCAUCAUCCAAAGGAAAAUGGAUGAUAUAGAUAUAUAUAUAUAUAUAUAUAUAUUUGGAAAUGCACUUUUCUCUUUUCUUUUUUUUUCUUUUUUUUUUUUUUUUUGCUUU